AUGGCUAUGGAGGCCAUCAAGAAUAGGCUGCGGAGGAGCUCGACAGAUCCUGUAUUCUCUACAGAUGGCGCAAUAGGAAUGAAAAUACUCUCCGAUACAUCGAAUGCCAACAUAGACAUAGUCUUUGUUCAUGGAUUAACCAGCAACCGCGAGGAAACAUGGACGCAUAAAAAGGGAAUUUUUUGGCCCCAAGACCUCCUAGCCAGGGACUUUCCGAUUGCGCGCAUCAUGACAUUUGGAUUUGAUGUCGAUCUGUCUAGAAUCUGGAAAAUCGCUGCCUCAAGUCUAAUAUCUGACCAUGGCCAAGCCCUGGCGUAUGCACUUGUCAGCGAAAGAGAAGAUUGCUCUACGAGACCCAUCCUAUUUAUUGCACAUGGAUUUGGUGGUCUUGUAUGCCAGAAAGCACUUAUACUCAGUACUCGGGUUGAUGGCCUCUGGCAAAUCUCCUCUUAUGCUCUUGGUAUUAUCUUCAUGGGAACUCCGCACCACGGUGAAUCAUUAGCCCGUCAUACCUUCAGACUUGCAAAGUACAUACGUACAACAAAGAAAGGGCACUUGGGGAUGAUAUCGGGACCAAAUGACCUGCAAAGGGACGUGGAUACGUUUCAGGAUAUGCUUCAUGGAGGUGCUAUUUCUUUGAAGGUAUUUUGUUUCUACGAGACCAAGCCAAUGAACGAAACCGUGGGAAAGAUUGUCGACGAGAGCUCUGCAGUUCUGAGAGACUUCAAGGGCUGCAGAAUUGAUGCUAACCAUUUCAACAUGACCAAAUUUAGUGGUCGAUGGGACGCGGGCUAUAAACGUGUUCAGACUCUGGUUUCUAGUUUGAUUGGGACUUCUCAGGAAAAGGGCGAGGCUGCUCUUUCUGAGACUUCGAACUAUACAUCUGUAGCUUCUUCUACCGAUGCAUCUUGCCCAAGAGCCCCUUUGCCGACAAACUAG